CCUCCUAAAAUUUCACUCGUUUUUUAGCCAUUUCAAGAGAACGAAUUACUCCCUCAUUGAAUCACUGACUCCAAUGGUCUUUGUUUCAGGCAUUCUGGUGUCACCCUGCUAACUAACAUCCCAUUCCAGGAGCAUCUCUGACGGAGGACAAACAUCAAACACUACAACUCACAACAACCCACAAGUCCGGCUCGGGAACAAUGUCACCCGAGUUCCAAAAACAGAGGGCGGAUACUAUCGGAACAUGCUCAAAAAUGCACUGGCAUAAAUCCAUCGAUAUAUCGAUACCUCGGGCGAUGCCGGUUAUGGAUAAUAUCAACCAGCCGAAUGAGCUUGGUACGGAAGAUCCCAAUCAUGACAAAACCGAACCAACACGUUCUUGCUCGCAAGCGCCGCUGUGAGUCUGGCACUCUUGGCGCCGGGAUUGUCUGACCGCUAGACUAGAGUUCGAAACCAUGGCUUUUCUCCCUCAGCCCCGGAAAAUUUUGAUAUGACCUAUGGGACCUACUGGCAGCAGCAACUGCCUUCCAUCCCAACGACCACCGCGGUACACGAGGUCAACUACAGCGGAGUGAUUGCGGCUGAAAGGCGGCAUCCAGACAAAAGAGGGUCUUCAAACACUCCCAAUGAAGCAAACCCAGCAGUAUAUGCCGGAAUUUCUGUGAAGUCGGAAGAGCCCUCUCCGAUUCUCUAUUUGCCACUACGCGAAGUCGAAUCACCAAGACAUUCCUCCCUUCUGGUGACCGCAGCCAAGGGGCCGACGUUGAGAAAUGCAUCAUCUCAACGGGAAAGUGGCACUCUUCCAUCCAAUUGUCACUCCAAUAUUACGCGCGAAUCUCAAUCAAACAGCCGAUUCGACCGGAACGAAGCGUGGGAUAUUCCCGAAGACAGGAAAUUCGGCAUGCACCGCUCUCUAUUUUCUCCCCAAGUACUGAGUCCCAUUAAAAGACAGCGCGGAAGACCCUCCACAACGCGAGUUGAAAAGAUGAAGCUCGAGAACCACAAAGCCUUGGCGAUCCCAGCCACUCGGAACCUUUCUCUUCGAAAGAACAUCAGGGAUGGUUUCGCCAAGGACGAGACCUUUCUCUCUGGCAGCCAGCACAGCGUCAAGCGACGAAGAAGAUCGCCUCCCCUACCAGGCAUUGGCCCUCUUUCCGUCUCGUUUGGCCCAAAACCCACCAUCACCCGCAAAAUCAAGAAGAGAACGGGAGUUCGCGAAAGCUUCAUUAUAGACCCUGAUCUGGACCCGGACAGCAAGAAACAGGAACAACCAGAAGGAUUCAAUGUGCCAAACAACGCUCCAAUAGCUUCAGAUCGUGCCGGGCAAUCAUACCACCACGUCCUCCCUUCUGUUGAAAAGAGCACGACGGAUAACGACGUUCGGGAGCCACUUGUCCUGCCCUCUUUGCGAACCCACGACAGGGUACGCCGGUUUAGAAGUCCUACAUACAGUUUUGGUGGUUCGUACGCAGAUUCGUUGAUGCUUGCUGAAGAUACAGGCUGUGGAAAUGUAAGUUUCGACUUUGGGCCUCGAGCACGUCGCCAGGAUAUUCGGAGACGGGCCGACUCAACGACAGCAGAGGGAGUAUCGGCAAUGAUGCGCCGGCCUGGCCCGAAGACAGUACAGACUUUACGGACUUCGGCAGCACUGUCGCGCGACGAAGCACAGCCAGUAGCCAAGCCACGCUGGAAAGAAACAAUAGGCAUGUCCGCAAAACCCAUUAUAGCUCUACGAAUGUUGUAG